ACUUAGUUUUCUGAAUUCGCUGUGAGUGAAGAGACUAAGAAGAGAGGCACUUAAGGCUGGCUCGGCCCACUCUCUUUCUGCUAGAGGGGGUGUGAUUGUUAGUAAAUGGCCUGGGGCCAGGGUGCUCUAAGAGUUGAUUGCAGGCCGCGGGAAUAAGGGAAUCUGAGAUCAGCUCGUUCUCCCUGUGUCCAUUUUGUAGAUGAGAAAACCAAGACCCAGAGUCUGGCUCACCCUGGCGCCCAGACUAGGAGGCUCACCAGUUACUUGUGAUGAGCGUGUGCUGGGCACCAGGCAGUCUCCUGAAGGGCCACUGGGAAGAUAGCUGCUCAGACAGAAGGCGCCGAAUCAAGCUCCGCUGGGUGUUAUCAACAGGAUCUGCCAUGAGCAGGCUCUGUGGCUGGAUUGUUUCUGGGGCAGGGGAGCCAAGAGCCUUGUCCUCUUUGGAAAGGCACAGUGAUACCUCUGCCUUGGAAAGAGACUAAAAGCUCAACUCCUCUGCCUACUUUGCUACUUCUGAGCAGGGGGUGUCCAAGAGGGUAAGACACCUGGUUGCCUCCCACCCAGGGCUGCUGGGGGCUCACAUGAGGUCGGUGGUGAGUGUGCCAGGGCUUUGCAAUAGGAAUUGUGCUCACGCUGAGCCAUUUGCACUUGGUCUUCAGACUGUGGAAGGCCACACAGCCAAAUCUCAGGACCACUCAGCAAACCCUGAGAGAGAGCCCCUCACAACCCACCCAGAGGUGGUCCAGACCCCUGGCACCUGGACCCAGUCCUGCCUGGGCCUCAUGGCCUUGUGGACUAAUGAUUGUGUUACCUGGCUGGGAACAGAAAAUAGGGCCCCAUGGGCCAACAGGCCUGGACAGUUGGGAGGAGCUCUACGUUCCCACUCAUCAUUACCAGCUCACUUAGAGCUGUGGUGGAAGGUGGAGGUGGAAUAGUACCCUACCUUCCCAGGGUCUCCACUGCCUCAUCUGAAAAAUCAAGGGCAACUCAGAGACCAGCUCAGAGGCCCUGCUUAUUGCUUUAAAGUAAGGGGCCAUGACAUAGAUGCACAGACCAGGAGCCAGCUUGCAGGUUGGCCCUGGUACUUGUGCUGUUCACCUCAUCACCCCUGGACCACCCCAGGAUGGGAAGGAGCAGAACCAUCUCACCUGCCCUACCCCCACUGUCCAUCAGUUCCCAGACCUAGCCCUUGUGCCUUCAGAAGCCAGGACCUCGCUGGGGCCUCUGUACUCAACUGUGGGGAGCUGAUGUGAGGCGCCCAGCACAGGGCCAGGCACAUAGCAAGUGCUCAGAUCUGUUCUUUUGUACCCUCUGGACACACACAACUCAGUGACAGAGGUGGACCACGACCACACUGAGGGCUGCCUCCCUGAGUAGCAUUAGCACAAGGGGCUGUGGCAGCCUAGGAUGGGGGAGCAGGCCUGGCUGGGAGGAUCAGAAAAUACUUCCUGGAGGAGGAGGACUUGGAAGCAGCAGAAGGAGCUCAGGAACUGCCCGGCCAAGGCCCACGCAUUCUUCUCUGAAAUUGUCCACCUCCCUUCCUUCUCAAUUCUAGCCGGAUUCCAGACGGAGUGCCCCAACCUGAGGGCACUGAUCCCAGAAGCAGCCAGUGCUUCACCUCGGCCUCCAGCCUGCCUUGUGCUUCUGCUUAGCACCCCUGUGGCCUACGAUUCAGCGGGACAGAGAGUCUGGGCCCCCAGCAGCGGGCCAGGGACCUGCCCAUGGUAGGCAUCGGCACCUGGUCCCCGAACUGCCCUCAGUUGAUGCCAAGAAAAAUUUCAAAUCUGGCCCAAUGAACUCUGGAAGCUGGAAGCCUGCUGUCUCCCUUCCCCACUCAGCCUCCAUGGCUGACUGAUCCCUUUGGACUGGAUCUUGCUUCAGGCCACAGCUCAUAAGGUGCCAGCUCAUGCGUAAUACCCGCUUGCUUUCUGCUUGCUGAAUGAGGCUGCCUCAACUGCCAGCCCCUGCCCCUGGCAUCAGACAGGAGUGUGGUUGAGGGAGAGAAGAGCUGCUUUCCAUGGCUCCAGAGUCCUGAGCAGCAAUCCAUAUGGCACCCCAGGUCUUUGGGUCCCGAAGUUUGGGAUCCAUCAGGGGUUCUGCAUUCCUUACUGCUGCACUUGCAGAGAGCUGACCGAUGCCAGGACAAGGGCAGCCACCCAGAGACCUGCGUGCCUGAAAGUGACCCUCAGAAGAGGUUAACUGGUGGUCAUAGCGUGUGUGAUGGGACAUGCAGGCACCUUUACAGUCGAGUGGUAGGAAAGUGGCUGGGAGACCAGACAGGGUUAAGACCGCAACUUGGCCACAGUCUAGUUGUGCAAACCUGAGCACAUCAUGAAAGCUCUGGAGGCCCCAUGUCACCUGUCCAGAAGGGAGGCUGAAGCCAGGAGUGCUGUGCUUUCAGGGCUGUCAGUGGAUCCAGGGUCACCAUAUCCUCCUCCAGGAGCCAUGGUCACCAGGAGUGAGGUUGAGGCCAGGUUGGAAGGGAUAUGGCCUCCCUACCCGAAGAGAAACCAUUUUAAAAUCCCUGCUAGUCUGUGCGAGUGAUGGACGUAUUGUGUCUACUCACAGUUAAGUGAUUUGCCACAGUACACUUCAUUCUUGGUCAUUUCUGGAUGCCUACUAACUAGCAUUUGAUUUGCUUUCUUUGACAAUUUUCACUCUUGAGUUUUUAACUUUUAUUUUGGAGUAAUCAAAAGCUCACAGAAAAGUGAUAAGAAUGGUACCAAGACCCCCUGUAUCUGGAUCCCCCACUGUGAACAUUUCUGGUCAUUUUCUUCAGGAAGGGGGACGCUGAUGUGGGAGCACUUGUGUGACUGUCACCUUCCAGGGGCCAUAGCAGGGUCAGGAGGUGGGACUGGCUGCAUAACGAAAGGACCAGUGGCCCAGGGAGUGUCAUUCUCAAACUCCAUAAGGAAUUAGGGGAGCCGGAACCUGCAAGUUAAGCACACGUCCCGGGAGACCUAGAUGCCAGAGGGACCUAGAGGCCACUGUCAGAAACACUCCCUAGGCUUUUCCUGUGGGGAGGGUGCUCACAAACCACUGCAAGAGGUGGUGGCAGCCAAGGUGGCUCUGUGGCUCUGUGGCCACAGCCUGGGACUAAGAGGAGGCCUGGCUUCUGGGAGCAAUGGUGGGUAGGCCCCCCACCGCUGCUGCUUGUUGGCCCUGGCAGUCCCUGGCUGCAUCGUGGGCACACCGUGGGUGCUCUGUGUGGCCCCUUGCUCUGGUCCCCAGGAUUGUUGGCUCAGCACACGGCUUUCUGAUGACUCGGUCAGUUUCCCACUGAGCAGGCCCGAGGAUUCCUACCACCAGAAUGGGUAUCCUGGGUACAAAUGCUCACAUCAGGCAGCGCCUGGUUUAAGACUGAAACAAAACAAAAUGCAAAACCAGGACUUGCCUCAUUACUUCUGCCCAGCGAGCUCCUACUCAUUCUUUCAUUUUUUUUUUUCAGAAAGACCCGAGCCAAAGGCAUCUUCUUGGGAAAUGCAGUGCUGCUCUAGGCCCCUGUCUGUCUGUCUGCCCAGCACCGGGUUGGGCUUCAACUUUCUGAAAAGCCUUAUGGGACAGAUGAAAAUGUGGCCAUAAAUGAAAAUGUGGGAAGUCAGGAUCUGCAGUGCACAAGAGUGAGGAAGGAGGGGGCUGGGAAGGCAGAUGACAGCCUCACUCGUGAUCUCCCAUGACCAGGGACAAGUGGAGAGGACUUCCCUGUCACUGGACCUGCUCUAGCAGAGGCUGAAUGGGUGGCAGGAGUAAGAGUGAAGGGGUGUUCCUGGGGUGGAGAGAGUUGGUUGGGGUGGAAGUGGGCUCUGAUGACCCCUGGGUCCCUUUCAGCCCCCUUGACUGUCUGUGGGCCCCACUGGAAUGAACUGAAGACCACCUUGGUUCCAGGCUGCAGAGAUACCUGGAGUGUGUGCUGGAAGGCUCAGCAGGGGAGGUGGCCACACUGGGAAUAGCUCUUGUCAGUGGCUCUGGCAAAGGGUCCCCGGCAUGUUGACUCUGCCCAGCCCCCUGGCCUCCACAGAGACAUCUCAGAGGGUCCUGCCCAGAGUCCCUUGCGGCCAAGCCACCUCUGCAAUAGUCCAGUUUCCCAAAGCAGCUGCUUAUAUCCAGCCUGCUGAGAGCUAGAAAAGGGGCACAGAAGUGACGGGUGGCCAGGUGGCUAUGUCCUAUUGGGGCUUGAACUCCCUACCUCCUGGAGGGAGCUGGCCAGCCUCAGACAUCUGCCUCCCCGAGCUCUUCUGGUGCUGACGCCAAGAAGUCUAGAUUCUGGGAUGUUGAGGGGUGGGAUGAGGGGAGGUAAAAUUCCAGACUUUCAUGCAGAAGUCAUUUACCUGUAAAGCACAUUUACAAAUAUUCCAGUCCAUGCAUUUUUUUUCCAUAUUACAUUUUCCCCCUCUGCAACCCAAGUCUCCUCCAGCUCUUUUUUCCACGUGGUGUGCCUCCUUCCUGCCACCCCUUGGCUUCCAGGCCUGAGGCCUAGGAUGGGAGCAAGGCGCUCCGCUCUGCUGCUCGCACAGGGCAAAGAGGCUGGCCAGGGCUCCUGGGAGCUGUGUGCUGCUUAGCUGACUGAGGGGCUUGGACAUGACCCAGCUGCUCAGCCAUCAAUCUGGAAGGCCUCUGAGGGGCCCCUUCCUCCUGAACUGCUGCCGAGAAUCUCUGAAUCCCAGGUACCCCUGGAGGAAAACAACCUCUCUGCUGACUGUCCUCUCGCCAGCUGCUGGAACCGGGAAUCAGGAUGUCCUCGUUCCUGAGAGCUGGUCUCGGGAGACUGUCUUACAAAAUGGGAUGUUUGAUCGUUCCAGCCCUUUUGGCCUGGGGAAUCAGGUCAGCUGGCCCAGUGGCAGCUUAAAUUGACUGGGGUCCAAACUUCGAUACUCGGCCAAGCUUGUGCAUUGAGAAAAGGACCGGAUGAGGAUAACCAAACAGGGAUCCCCAGCCCCCUUCCUGCUCCCUGCCACAUCCUGCCUGGGGCCUCAGCGUUGUUUGUCUGGGUGCAGGUCCUCGCUAGGGUGCCAGGCCUUUGACCUCCAGGGAUGCUGCCAAGGAAGGACAGGAGGCUAUGGCCCUGGUUAUGAGCUGCACCGAAGCCAGUGCCGCCCCCUCAUGGCCAGGUGCAGGGGUCUGGGAGUGCUUUGAGACCCAGGCUUUAUCCUCAGCCAGACAGGAUAAGUGAUGGGUCCAGUGACUUUUUCUGACACCAUGGGACUUGGACUCUGUGUCUCUUGCUCCUUCUUUUGCACGUGAGUUGGAAGAGAUAGCAGGUGUGCCUCUCCUGUGAAGUGACAGAUAGUGGGCCCAGACGGUUUAUCUCCAAACAAGCAGUGUCCCCACCGUCCUGUAAGCUUCUGUUUCUGCUGCCCCUCCCUUCAGGCUCAGGGCUGCGAGGCCGCCUGCAGAGGGAAGCUCUCUAAGGAAGCCCCUUGUCUAGAGGCAGAGCUCUCCAGCAGGUGGGCUUUGACUACCUCGUUGUCAUCCAUCCCCUGGGACACAUCAUUACCCUGAAGGAUCUUGAGAGGGGUCUCUCACAGGCAUUCACACACAAGGGUGAGCCCUCAUCUUGAAGCUCAGAGGCAUUUGCUUGAAACACAGCCAAAGAGGACCCAGCUAUCUCUUCUGGGAGGUGGCUAUAAGGCACAGGGACUUUUCUUUGAGCCUGUUCCCUGAUGCUGGGACCCCUGGAGGCUCUUAUUCAUGGAGGACAUGGGUACCAGCCCCACCCCUGGGCCCAGAUCCCCCAUCAGCAGGGCCAGUCUUCUGGUGUGUUGAACUGUUGCACAGCUGUGAGGGUCAUGCACAGGUGUCCUCCCCACCUCCCUAUCUUCCCUUCUCACUGAGGGUGGCAGCCCCCAGGUUGAAUUCAGCCAGGAGGUAGGCAUGGAGGGACUCUGGCCAGGGGAGCUGACUGGAUGCUCAAGCAGUUUGUCAUAAGAGGGUUAGAGGGGACAGGUGUGACAGCCGGGGUUCUCCUUGCAGGUUUUGUUUCUCCAUGGUUUAGUCACAACACCUUCAUCCGAUGGUGGGGGAGCCAGAGCCACAUAAAAAUGCUCACAGACAGAGCUUUUCUAAAACAUUGCCUCAAGUUGGCCCAGCAACCAGCCCUUGCACUGGGUGGCCCAAGGCCUCAUUGACUUCAUCCAGAUGUCCCUGUCACAUCUGUUUUCAGUCACUGGGCUUGGCUGCAUGGGUCACGGUCAGUUAUGCCCUAUUGCCCUGUCCUACUGCUUCUUCACUCUUGAUUUCUGAGCCAUGCCUAAAGUGUCUGCCCGGAGCUGAGCCGAGGACUCUGGUGCCAAGAGACUGCACUGCGUCUGAUCCCUGCCAGCCAGAGAUGGGGCCCUGCAGAAGGUCCAUACACAUGCGGAAAUACAGCUGGACCUCCUGUCAGCUCCCUGGCUGCAGUGUCCCAACUCCUCUCUGGGAGGAAGGCCUGCCCCUCGCUCCCCUGCCAGUAGUGCACCCACUCAUACUUGUUCACAGUGGCCAGAGUCCAGCACAUACACAUGAAGACAAGCCCCGACGCCUGUGCCCUCUGGCUGCAGCUCCUGAAAGGCAAGGCUGAAGGUGUUUUGUUCCUCUUCCCUCCCAUUUCACCUGGGAGGUCCCUGCCUGGUACCCAGCACCUGCCACCUAGGGUGGGAGAAGGACACUCACUCAGCCUGCUGUCGACUUUAGCAUGAGCUCCGCCACCUUGCCCCCACCAUGGUGUUCUUCCCAUUGUCUGGAAGAAGGCAGCCCAUCCCAGAUGAGCCAGGGAGCACCAAGGAAGAGAGUGGGGGCAGCAACAGCACAGAGGGACCCCAGGGGGACAUGAGGGCUCCUAUGAGAGGCACCGCCUGGGCUGAAGCUCAAGGCCUUUUGUCAAAGGUGGAGACACAGAAGCCUGCUUGGGAGAGUGGGUGGGCAUGACAUGGGGAGUCAGGCAUGAAAGUCCAGAAAACUUUCUCCCAGUUAGUUUUCUCAUCUUGGAGGCAGAGCAUGUGCCUGUGAGGUGACAGGAUGACCCCUCCUCCUGCUGUUUCUCAAUCUCUGUCUCCUCAUACAUCAGCCAAGCACUGGUGUCCUUGUCUGCCAGCUCUCCCAGGUCCCUCCCUGCCACUAGUCUGCCUCCACAAGCUCCUCUGCCUCAGCUCUGACCACUCUCGCUGAUGGCCUCAGAUGCCUCCAGGCUCACUGUGGCUGGGACCAUAGGCUCCACACACCCCCCUCAUUGGCUCUUCACUUUUCUCUAUCCAGUCAAGGCCAGAAGCUCUUUUCCUGGGAGGUUGUGGGGCGGCCUUGUGAGGCCGCGGCAGCUGGGAGGAAGGUGCGGGGCAGCUACCUGCGUCAGGGAGAGCCUGUCCUGACUCUCUCAGCCAGCCCUGCCAGGGACACUGCCCUGGCCUGCCCCAAGAGACAAGUGCAGGCAAAUGGAAGAGGGAGGGAGAAGGGAGUAAAGGGCACAGAGGGUGGCCUGACUUGCUCAGGAGGACUUGCACUUGGUCCUGAGCUGCCCUGGGACAAGUCUGGAUGUAGGGCCUUGGUUGGAUUUAGCAAGGGAAAGGGUCCUGCCUAGUGGAGUCGAGAGAGAGGAUGAAAGGUGGUAGAGAAGCCACCCAUUUCUUUGGUGGCCCAAAACAGGCCCUUGGGCAGGGUGAUGUGACACUUCCUAAGAAAUGAGAAGCCAUCUCCCUAUCAAGGUAGAUUCAAGGCUGUCGUCCUGAAAAGGUGCACAGUGAGGACACCCACUAGCAUCCAGAUACCAAGCCAUGGCAUGGACAGAGCUAGCACCAAAUUACAGGGAGGGGCACAUCGUAUGGCUUGGGGGUGUCCUGUCACAGGUUUGGUGGCUCAGCACCACUUCACAGAUGAGGCUCAGAGAGUGGGACUCAUGGGCCAGGAGAGCCUAGAAGAGUUUGGAAGAAGCCCAAGUGCCCAGAGAAGUAGGAAGACUGGAAGACCUGAUCAGGCGGGAAUUCUGCCUUUUGAAGGUGGCUAGAGGUAGAGCCUUUGGGUGAUGUGGCAUCCAUCUUGUCUUGUUCUCCACCUUCUGCAUGGGCUAAGUGGGGAGGUGCAUAGGUCUGCAGUUAGAACAGUUUCUCUCUUCCCAUGUCUUCUUGAAUUCAAGUGCAAGCCCUGGCCAUGAGAGAUCUUGGCGUGUUGGACAUGGAAAGGGUAGAGGCUGGGGCUGCAGGGCGUUGGCUGCCCACCUCGGAGAGGAUGCUGGGGUCUGGGGCUUGGAGUCAGUCAUGAGGCUAAAAGGCUGGGCAGGCACUGUGUGCAUGGCGGAUUCAAGUUCAAGGCCUCUUCUGUGCAGCCAGAACCAUACUGGUGCCUGGCCAUCUGCACCCCAGGCUCCGUGAUGUUGUACCUGGGGUCAGCAGGGCUACUGUGCAGCCACAGCUGGGUGCUUAGGUUCUAGCUGGAUCCACCACCCUCUGAAAGUGUUGGAAGUGUUGGAAGCUGGCCUCCCCCAGCUGUGUUUGCUCAUAGUGAAGCAGGAAGAUGGCAUGCUUACUGCGGGCGGGUUGCCCUGGUGUCAGAGCCUGCAUCUGUGUGCUCUUUUGUCCUACUGUGUCCUUGCGGUUUUGAGCUUCUAGGCGUGUGUCUCCUGCCAUGUGCAUGUCUGACCCGACUGAGAACUCAACCCACAAUGAAGACAGGGGCAGCAUUGCAGGAUGGAAGAUGGAAGGUGAUCAUACACAGAGGAGUAAAAUGUUUUUGUAUACAUCCUUUAGAUGUUUCUUUUCCUGUGCAUUUUUAUGUAAAUAUAGUUUAAGGAAAUGAACAUAUCCUACAGAUAUUGUUUUAAAAGCUGCCUUUCACUUAAUAAUAUAUAGACACCAGUAUACAUGAAAGUUUGUUAAAUAUUGCAUAUAUCAAUAUCAUUUGUAAUGGCUGCCUACUAUUUGCUUGAGCGGUAGAUCAUAUGUUUAAAGACAACUACUGGGAAUUUAUAUUAUUGCCAAAUUUUCACCAUCAUGUUCAACACUGAGAUGACAUCCUCUUGUACACUGAGUUCUACUUAUGCCCUUGUCUCCUUAGGAACUUAGGAAAAGUUACUAUGAAGGGAACGGCUGAUCAAUGGCAUUGCUCUCUCUGAGGCUCUCAGUACACAAGGAGACUUGUCCUCCAAAAUGAUGCCCCGACUGACCCGCUGGCCAAACCUGCUUGAGAGCCUUCCAGGAAAGAGCCCUCUUCAGUAGUCCAUACCCCAUCCUGCAAAGCUGCCCCUGUCUGCAGUGUGGGUUGAGUUCUGAGAUGGGUCAGACUAAGGGAGGGGAUGGUAGGUCUGAGAGAAGAACUGGGUCAGAAGACUGGUGUUGAUAUUGUGUAAGUCAGGAGCAUGGCCCCCACCAACCUCUAGUCCAGUGGCAUAAAUGGGGGCAGGAGGCAGGGGGUGGCAGGAGGGGACUGACCUGGCAGGGCCAGCUUCCAGGGAUGCUGAGGUGUAUGGUCCACUUGGAGCACAGUGUUGACAUUGAAGUGUGAAGAGUGACUGGGUCAGGGGAGUUUUCCCCCAGGCUUAGAGACGGUAGGGAGCCAGCAGAAGCUGAGUGAGAAGCGAGGGCUGAUGUGAGCCAAGAAGAAUCAGGGGGCAGUGAGUGCUGCCAGAAGGAAGCACAGAUGGCAGCUGGCCUGUGAACUGUAGGUGUGAGGCGGGUGGUAAAGGGGAGGGAGAAGCUAACUGACUGGGACACGGAUUCAGACCUCAGGUGUGCAUCCAUCUGGCUGGGACUCCUCACCUAAAGUCUCCAUGUCAUAAAGAGCUGCCAUCUUCAGUCCCAUGAGAAGAUUUUUCUUACUGACUCAAAUUUAUAGUCCCAUCAAAAAAUACUUUUGACUUCUGAGACGAAACAUCCGUCAUGGUCUUUGCCUGAUGAGGUAGGACAACAAACUGUGAAGAUGGAGUCUGGAGCAGGACACACCCAGCUCCACUCCCUUGUCGUGGGCUCUUGUGAGUGCCCCUGCCACUUUGGCCUGGGAGUCCCCUGUGGCCCCUCUGCCUGUAUCAUUGGGCAUGUGCCUGCACCUGCCCUGAUUUGGGAAGUAAGUGGCUUGUUUGGUUCUGAUUUGACAGAAAACUUCUAGGCAGCGUGACCAAGAGGCUUGUCAAGGGGAAACUGAUGAGUUUCCAACCAAGUAGUAGGAGGUCCUGAGCUGAGGCCCAGAAGAGGAGCCCUGUUGAAUCUACUGAGAAGGGACGUUCAGAGUGAACACCAUGAGCAUCUCAGCUCUUGGAGGAAGCAGCAAAGGGAAGCCUCUCCCAGCAGGCCAGGAGGAGCGCAAUACCGUCCUCAAGCAGAUGAAGGUCCGCACCACGCUGAAGGGGGACAAGAGCUGGAUCACCAAACAGGAUGAAUCGGAGGGCUGCACCCUUGAGCUGCCCUCCGGCCGGACUCGUACCACCUCGCUUUCAUCAGUUGGGGAGGUCCCGAAGGCCAGGCCCCUGAGCACGAGGGCUCCCACGGGCUAUAUCAUCCGUGGAGUGUUCACCAAGCCUGUGGACAGCUCGUCCCAGCCUCACCAGCACUUCCCCAAGGCCAAUGGAGCUCCAAAAAGCAUGGCCAGUCUGGGGAAAGCAGGUCCCACUGGCCCUCCCCGCCCUUCCUCCUCUGGCUACAAGAUGACCACGGAGGAUUACAAGAAGCUGGCCCCCUACAAUAUCAGGCGCAGCUCAGCAUCAAGAGCUGCUGAAGAGGAGGAGGUGCGCUUCUCUUCUGAUGAGCAGAAACGGAGGUCCGAGGCUGCCAGCAGUGUGGUGAGGAAGACAGCUCCCCGGGAGCACUCCUACGUCCUGUCAGCGGCCAAGAAGAAUGCCGGCAGCCCAGCCCAGGAGACACUGGCCCCAUUCAUUGCCAAGAGGGUUGACGUGGUGGAUGAGGAUGGGUCUUCUGAGAAAAGCCAGGACCCACGUGCUCUGACAAGAUUCCCUGCUGGCUCGAGCAGUGCAAGAGGCGAGGAGACUGUCCACCUGCAGAUCGCAACACCCGGGGCAGGACUCCACCUGGUGGCCCCACACCUGGAAGAAAUGAGGUCUUCCUCAGGUUCCAAAGACAAAGAGGUCCCUCACCCCGGAGAGCCCAAGAGAAGCUUGACUAGUGAAGGAGCCUUCAGGAGCCCUGAUGCAGACUCUGAAAGAUCAAGUGCACAGUCAAGUGAUGGCAACAUGGGAUUGGAAGCCAUGGGCUCCCCAGCUGAAGACUUGGUUGGAGCAGACGUCAGCUCUAGGAAAGGAGGGCCGUGCUCACCUGCUGGCUUCACCCCUCUCCUGGAUGAUCAGGAGGUGCCCAGUGCCAACUCACAACCUUGCAAGCCUGCACCAGCAACCAUCAGCUCUGAUGCCAUAUCGGCCUCUGCUGUCCUGGCCAACAGGAAGAGCAACAGCCUGGCAGACCUGGAGGAUAUGGAGACAAAUCCAAAGGGCACCUUGGUGGUUUUUGAGGAGAAGAAUGUGGUCACCAAGGAGGGAGAGGCGUGGCAGGGGAGGCCCGGAGUCCUGCAAGAUGAUCAAGGAGACCCAGUUGUACCCACCCAGCAGUGCACAGACCCCAGCACCUCGGAGCAGAGCAGCCCCAGAAAUCCUGAGCAGCGCCUGGAAGUGGACAGCCCAGCCAACAGCACCUUGGCUGUUUUUGAGAAGAAUGCGGUCACCAAGGUGGGAGAGACGUGGCAGGGGAGGCCUGGAGUCCUGCAAGAUAAUCAACAAGACCCAGCCGUACCCACCCAGCAGUGCACAGACCCAAGUACCUCAGAGCAGAGCAGCCCCAGAAAUCCUGAGCAGUGCCUGGAAGUGGACAGCCCGGCCAACAGGAUGAGAAACCCCUCGGGCUGCAUGGUCUCAGUUCCCAGGCCUGCCCCUUCUGAGCAGCAUCCUAUUCACAUGCCAGCCUCCCCAAGUGAACUGGAGCCCAACUCAACCAGCAAAGGGAUUCUCUUUGUGAAGGAGUAUGUGAAUGCUGGUGAGGUAUCUUCCAGGAAGCCACUGUCUUCAUUCUAUGGCAGCACUGGCAGCAAUGAGGACUCAUGCAAUAUGGAGAAGAAACUCUCAUAUGACGGUACUCUGUACUCUGAGAGAACAAGUGGAGGGAUCUGUACUUACUGCAACCAGGAGAUCCGAGACUGUCCAAAGAUCACCCUAGAACUCCUUGGCAUCUGCUGCCAUGACUAUUGCUUUAAGUGUGGGAUUUGCAGUAAACCAAUGGGUGAGCUUCUGGAUCAGAUCUUCAUUCACUGUGAUACCAUCCACUGUGGGAAAUGCUAUGAGAAGCUGUUCUAGGCUGAGAAGAAAGUGAUGACUCCUGGACAAGUUUGACUAUUCCCAGUUGCCCCAAGUUGCUGGCUCUUCUUCCCUCACUUCCUCCCUCAUGCUUCUGAUUUGUUCAUGUUUUUGCCCUUCUUAAGUUGAACUUGCUUAUAUCCAGUAGCAUAUCUUGAUGAUGUUAUGAUAAUCCCUUGUGUGUGUACCUUUUUAUAGCUGAAAAAGCACUUCCCAUCCAUGAUCUUACUUCAGGUUCAAGCAAAGAGUGUUGAACCAUAAUUCCGUUUUGACUUCCCUAAGACCAGUCAGCUUCCUGAUGAGUUUAGGUGGCCUAAGUGUGCCUUUGGGACUUGAAAGCAGAAGGAGACCCCCCUGAAGCUUCUUAGGGGCCAGGUUAAAGAAUGCCGAUGAUCCCUGGUGGGUAAAUUGCAGACACUGAAUGCUAGGGAUCGACAUAGGUGAAUGUUUAACUUGUCUAUUUAGCAUAUAUAUUUUUGGACUCUCCAUAUCCUUUUACAACUAGUUUGUUGCUUUCAAUUGAGUUACAUAGCAGAUUUUAGUUACCUCCUCCUACCUACCUUUCAGUAUAGCUGAGUUCUUCCCCGCAGGCAUGUGGGCAUGUAUUAGAAAGUUUACACAUUAGGUUUAAAUUCUCUAUGAUGUAACUCUGAAGAGGCUACUGACCAAAUGGACACCUGUGUCUGAAUUUUGAUAGCUGAUUGAUACCUUAGACCUCAAUUUCCAACCCCUAAAGUGUAUACAGGGAUCCCCUAAAGUAGGUCUUAGAGUGUAUAGACUCCAGUAAGAUUAUGAAGGGAGGAAAUCAGCUAGCAUUCUUAAGGCCUUACUACGUAGCAGGCAUUAUAACAGAGUGAUGGCAUUAAUCCCCAUUCUAGUCUUGUGAAUAGGGUGUUCUUCUCCCCAGUUUGCAAAAGAGGAUAUUGAGGCUCAGAUAAGCAGUCAGAACCAUUGCUGUGUCUCUCCAGUAACUGUAACCAUAGUCCUGAGCCUGUGUGGAUGUUAACCUAGUCCUCCUGGGGAAUCUGCCCCCCUCAGACCUUCCCUGAGGCACAUUUUUACAAAGAGAGGCAGGUGGGAAAUUGCACUCCUCCUCUGGGCAUCCUGGGUAAAAUACAAGAAGAGCCAAACUGGCCCUCCUCACCCCCCUUUCCCAUGAAAACACUUCUGAACUGAAAUACUCUUUGCUGGGAAGAGAUUUGACUCACGGGUCUUCCCAAAGAAGAGCUUGUCAACCCAGGGGAAGCUCCAGUGGGCUAGCUGAUCUGAGCACAGGGCCCUCAGUGAUGUCCCAUUUUCCAGUCCAGACAGAUCCCAAGCUAGCAGCAACUACCAAGACCCCAGGAACUUGGAACAGGGACUCCUACUGGCCUGCUGGACAGAUGUAGGCCCAUGCAACUGGGCUCCUCCACCUUUGGUACCAAGAUUACUGUGUAAAUUGGGCUUCCCUGGUGGCUCAGUUGGUAAAAAAUCUGCCUGCAAUGCAGGAGAUCCUGGUUCAAUUCCUGGGUCAGGAAGAUCCACUGGAGAAGGGAUAGGCCACACACUCCAGUAUUCUUGAGCUUCCCCUGUGGCUCAGCUGGUAAAGAAUCUGCCUGCAAUGUGGGAGACCUGGGUUUGAUCCCUGGGUUGGGAAGAUCCCCUGGACAAGGGAAAGGCUACCCACUCUAGUAUUCUGGCCAAGAGAAUUCCAUGGACUGUGUAGUCCAUGGGGGUCACAAAGAGUAGGAUGUGGCUGAGCGACUUUCACUUUCACUGUGUAAGUUCCACAAAAGGACAAACUGGCAGUUUCUCUGAUUAAAAAUGAGGGCCUUUUCUCUUGAUCUCGAAGAGUUUGGGCUGCCUUUCUGAGUGUCUGGUGUCCUCCGCUAGCAUUCAGAAGUUGUUUUGUGGAUGUUGCUCCACAUUAAAACAACAUUUUUUUUUUUUUGAUGAGCCUGUGGGGGAGAAAGUGGUCUCCCCGUCCUAUUCUUCCACCAUUUUGGGACCACCCCUUCUCUUGAUUUAAUUAGAAAAUGUCUCUCCAUCUAUGUCCAGUUUCUGAGCCCUGUGCACAUUGGAUGGUGGACUUGUUCUUCUUGCAAAAUGAUCAGAGAAGAACAUUCCAUUUAUUUACAUGGAUGUGCAUCAGAUUUGCUCUAGAUGGGAAAAUUGGCACAGCAUGCCACGUACUGACACAAAAUAUGAGCUGGUUUUCCUCAAGACUAGCCCUCAGCCUGGGACUUGGCACAUGGUAGGGAUUGACACAUAGAUGCUGAAUGAAUUAGUGAAAGGGAAAGAGGUCCAAGAUAGGCUGGCCUCCCCACCUUCAAGAUACACUCUGCCUUUAAGGGAGUUUUAGAACCAGUGUGCAAGAUACUGAUUUUAAUCUGAAAAAAUCUCUUUCGUGGUUGAAAUGGCUCACAUUUCUGCAGACUUAAGGAAGAGAGGUGGUUGCAUUACACUUUGCUUCUUUUUAGUUGCCUAGAAUUUUUAAUCAUACUUGCUUGACUCACAGUAACGUACACAAACAUAAUA